AUGUCGGACCUCGUUAAAGGCAUCGGCAACCUACUCGCCUCAAUCGUGGAUAUCAUCAAAGGUCUCUUCGUUACUGUAUUCCAUCUCUUCGAAGGUGCGGUGAAUACUGUCAUUGGCGUCUUCAAGGGUGUCUUCAACCUCGCGGAGGGUGUUGUUGGCUUCAUCAUAGGCAACAUCUUCAUUCUCGGGACCUUGUGCGCAGUCUACUUUGGAUAUGUCCUGUACCAGCAACGCCAGGGAAAGCAACCAGCACCCAUCUCCCGGGUGGCAACCAAGAAGACGAGUUAG